CUACUUUGUGACAGAGAAAGCGUGUCCUAUAACUUGUUUCAUCAAUUUAAUGAUUGUAUCUUCCUUUUAAUUUUCAGGCUCUUCAAAACCAACUCUCAUCUAAAAUACGUAUUUACUAAAUUUACACAACUUGAAACAGAAGACGACAUGAGACAGAAUGAGGCCUUAGAACAACAUGCAACUUUCGUAAUGACUACAGUUGAUGAAGCUAUUUCAAAUAUAGACAAUUACAAUUACGUCACAGACCACCUCCACCGUACCGGGGCCACACAUCAAAGAUUCGUAGACUUCAGUUCAGAAAACUUCGCGAAAAUCAAAGAACCGUUUCUGGAGGCUGUGAAAAUAACGUUGGGAGAUCGGUAUACAGAUUAUAUGGCAAAUGUCUACACUAAAACAAUCGACUUCAUUCUUGUUACACUACGCAGUGGAUAUCUCGACAAGAAUCAGUGUUACGAACUACAAUCCUCAAAAUCACCCACAAAGACCGAAGCAGAUCAAGCCAAUGGGGUUUCUUCUGAUCAAAGCUUACCGAAAAUUGAAAUAAGUUCAAAACCUGAAGAAAAAUGACAAGCAAACGAGCAGUAUUUAUAUUAACGAUUUUUUGAAUUUUAACAAGGAAAAUUUUUACUCUUCCACUUUCCAAUUGACUAAUUUUGAUCAAACUGCAAUGUAAAUAAAGUGACAUAGUAAGUAUGUAUAAUGGGAUUUGUUUUAAAAAUUCAUUCCUAGAUCGAAGUCCUGAUAUGAAGCAGUAGGUUGUUUCAAUGUAAAUAUUGAAUAAAAUAUAUCUUGUGCUAAGACACAAAAUUUUU